UUUUCUGUGUAGGGCUACGGCAGUUUGCACGGCAUUGGAAUAACUACUAAAGCAAACCACUUACUGGCGAGAAACAGGAAUAUUUGCGGAGAUCUUAUAGCGUUUUUCUCGCCGCUUGCACAAUGAGUGCUGGCACUCCGAAAUCGUUACCGUCGUCGGGACAGAAAUCCAUUCAAGACAUCAGCCACCCUCUUUCUGCCGAGGACUCAGUUCUCACACCCAGCCCAGACCUAGGGAACAACACCGCCAGCAUCGGGGAGAAGGAUCUGAGUCUCCCCAAUGGCACCCCGGUGGACACAUCUAGCCCAGCCUCCUCCUCCUCCCUGCUCAACCGACUUCAACUGGAUGAUGACCUGGACGGAGAAACCCGCGACCUGUUUGUGUCAGUCGACGACCCCAAGAAGCAUGUGUCCACCAUGGAGACAUACAUUACUUACAGAGUCAGCACAAAGACCACAAGGACCGAGUUCGACCUGCCAGAGUACUCGGUGCGGCGGCGGUACCAGGACUUUGACUGGUUGAGGAAUAAGCUGGAGGAGAGUCAGCCCACACAUCUCAUUCCCCCCCUUCCUGAGAAGUUUGUGAUGAAGGGGGUGGUGGACAGGUUUUCAGAAGAGUUUGUUGAGACAAGAAGGAAGGCACUGGACAAAUUUCUGAAGAGGGUAGCAGACCACCCCGUAUUGUCAUUCAACGAGCACUUCAACGUCUUUCUCUCAGCCAAGGAUCUGAAUGCAUAUAAGAGGCAAGGGUUGGCCUUGCUGACAAAAAUGGGCGAGUCUGUGAAGUACGUCACAGGAGGGUACAAGCUGAGGGGGCGGCCACUGGAAUUCGCAGCCAUGGGGGACUACCUGGAUGUGUUUACACAGAAGCUGGGCACCAUUGACAGAAUAGCACAGAGGAUCAUCAAAGAACAGUCAGAGUACCUGGUGGAGCUGCGUGAGUACGGGCCUGUGUACUCGGGCUGGGCCGCCUCGGAGGGGGACCUGCAGGAGCCCCUGGAGGGCGUGUCGGGGUGCAUAGCCAACUGCUCCACGGCCCUGGAGGAGCUCACAGAGGACAUGAGCGAGGACUUCCUCCCUGUUCUGCGUGAAUACGUCCUUUACAUCGAGUCUAUGAAGAAUGUUCUGAAGAAGAGAGACCAAGUCCAGGCAGAAUAUGAGGCAAAGCUGGAAGCUGUGGCGUUCCGGAAAGAGGAGAGAACAGGGAUGCCUACAGAUGUUGAGAAGUGUCAGGAUCGAGUAGAGUGCUUCAACGCUGACCUGAAGGCUGACUGGGAUCGCUGGCAGAACAACAAGAGGCAGGAUUUCAGACAGCUCCUCACUGGAAUGGCAGACAAAAACAUCCAGUACUAUGAGAAGUGCCUUGCAGCCUGGGAGUCAAUCAUUCCAUUGUUACAGGAGAAACAGGACGUCAAGUCUGAUACGAACUGAGUCUGAUACCCGCCUCACUGCCUCUACCCCCCGUUCCUCUCCUUUACCCCUACACCCAAGCUCUGGACAUGACAUACAACAGACACACUUCUAUCCAGUGGAGUUUUCCCAGGAAACGGAGAAGUAGGGCGGCACAGACUUGUCAAAGACUUGCAAGUAUUUAGUCUUUUUUAAGUGUUUAUAUAUGUGCAACGCAACCCGACCACCGUGUGGCAGUAAUGAGGUGAACUCUGCUCCCUCCUAAACCCCACUCUUGUCAGCACAGCACCUGGGCCCUCACACUUAAAAACCAACCAUGCACUGAGGGGGACCACAGGGUGAGUAGAAACCUAGAGUCUGAGCACGGAUUGCAAAGACAAAGAAAAGGACAAACAAAUGUGCAGAGCUUUUUUUUGACUAGCACUAAUUUGUAGAUUGUUGAAUUUGUAGAUAACAGGCUGAAAAUGAUUCUUUUGUAAAUAAUGUUGGCCCUUGAAGAGAAAAAAAAUCAGACCUUUCAUUACAAUAUGUAAUUUUUUUUUUUUUCAUUCUGCUCAAGGAGAGUCAGGCAAAGAUAUGUGCAAUGUUCUGGCCAAAGAUACAGAGAAAGGGGUCUUCUGUUUAUUAUCAUUUUUUGUUUGUUUCAACUUUACUUUAUAAUGAAUGCCACAGAGCUGUUUGCUACCUGUCUGAGAGAGUGUGAAAGUAUUGUUUGAGAAAGUAUUACAAACCAGGUUAUGAUCAAACAAAAGGACAUAUUUGGUACAAAUGUUUUGUUUCUUAAGGCAAAAUUAACAGAAAGAGUGACUUGGAUAAGAAAGCUUCAGUGUGCCAGCCCUCUUGCUGCACAGGAGUACAAUAUUUUCGUGAGAAUCAUGACAGUUGUUUGCAGUUCAGCGUGUUUUAAAUGGAGUUUCCAUGAUGCAGAUAUUACUGUUUCGCCAAGCUGGAAUGACUCAAUGCCACAGAGCUCUGAAACGGUUGGGCUCACUGUCUUGGACUGCGCUCCUGUGUGUAUCAAGGGGAAAAAAGUUUUACUGUCUACAGUGAGCCUUCCCCUCACUCUUACUGCUGUGCGUUCUGCGCUUAACUCUGAAUAAUGCAUUUCAGUGUUACUUUUCCAGUCUCACACUUCUGGCUAAUUUCAUUGAACUCAUGAAGUUGCGUUUUGGGAAAGGUAACAUUCACCUAAAUGGAUUUUUCAAAGUUAAGGAAGAAGCACGUUGCGGUUAGAUGAGAAGAGAAACCUGAGGUAACAAGAUAUGAGAGAUGCCCAUGAAAGGGGAAGUUGCUUCUGCCUGAGGUUUCUUAUUUUGUUAGAAAAAAGUUCCCUGAAGCCUUAUUGAAUGGGAAAUGACAAAAAAGCAUCAAAAUAAAGUGGUUAUGAUCUAAGAUGGCAAUGGUUCCUCUGACCGAUGCUGUGACUGAUGUUGUGAAUGUAUUACAUUUGCGUCGGGGGCCAAGUUCCAUGUGCAGUCAAUGGGAGAAAACUUUAACUGUAUUGUAACUGUAAUGUAACUGGGCAACACUAUCAGAGUAGGGAUGUCACUACAUAGGCCUUGCCUUUUGGCCUACAGUUUACUUUUGUCUUAUUAUGUUAAUACUCCCUUUGAGCAAUAAUGGUUUCUUUAAAAUUUGGUUUUCAGAGCUCACUAGUUUUAGCUUUACGGCAGACAUGCUAAAUACAGAAAGUUGAUAGUCUGACACAGUGAAUUAAAUGUAGCAUUUUGGCACCUUGAUACAUUUGCAUACCUGUCUUUGUAGUUGUUGCAUCCAGACAGUUCAAAAGGAUUUUGAUUUGAAGAGCACAGGUUUAGGUUUGAGGAAUAUUGUCAUAGAGUGAUUUAGUUGGUUUUAUUCAUAAUUAUUCAAGCACAUUCAUAUUGUCCAGUACUUCACUGUGCGGCACAGCUAUAGGGCUUAUAAUCAUGUAAUGUAUUUGCAGGCAAAUGUUUCCUUAUUUACAGUCAUUGAGGAAGUGUCAUGUUUAGUUUUAAAAUGGCUUUAAAAGUGAACCCCCCUGGCUCCUCUCCUCUGUUGACAUGAGCUGAAACAUCA